AUGGUCCGUUUCGUCACCGAUUCGCGUGCUCGACAGACAAAAAGGGCACCUUUGCUUGUCAUCGGGGCUGGUCUACCCCGAACGGCAACAUCAUCGUUGCAAGCAGCUCUCGAGGAACUGGGAUUUGAUCCAUGUCUCCAUAUGGCACAAAUUAUUCCACAUCCAGACAGAAUGGAAACCCUUAUCGAGGCCGCCACAGAAAGUGACAACCAGCGACGUCAAAAGCUCAUUCGCCAACUUGUCGACGGCUACGAAACUGUCUGUGACAUGCCUGCUGUAUUCUUUCUCCCUGAACUACUGGAAAUUUACCCGGAGGCGAAGAUAAUCCUCACCACUCGCCCAGAUGCUGUGGCAUGGGCAAAAAGCUGCUAUGCUAGCUUGGGCUUUUUCUUCACUCGACCGUUCUACUUGAUCGGCUUUUUGUGGAAGUCAGAUCGGUUGUGGUACCGCAUGAAUAUGCAUAUUCUAGAUUGGUCCAAAGAGAAAUAUGGGAUGAGCGAUCCUUUCAAUGCAACUAGUUACGAAAGGCAUAAUGAUAUGGUGAGGACGGUUGCCAAGGAGCGAGGCCGUGAGAUUUUGGAAUUUAAGGCAGAGGAUGGAUGGAAGCCUCUUUGCGAAUUUUUGAACAAGGCCGUUCCUGAUUCAGAAUUCCCUAAGGUGAACGAAAAAAAGACUUUCAGAAUUAUUAAAGCGAUUUUAAUUGCCAAGGGUCUUCUUGGGUGGUCUGCACUUGGGGGUGUUGCCUGGUUGGGGUGGAAGUUUAUUCCCAGAUUCUUCUGA